GACGUAACCGAAUCACUCAUCUCCUCCUGUCAGUCGCAAGUUCAGUUCAAAAAGAGAGCUGCCCCAAUACUACCCAGUUGGUUCAGGCAUAAACACAAACAUGUUCAGGUCACUCUGCACGAGGCUCGACCAUGGCCUCCUCUUCAUGCUCAAUCCUCGAAGAGGCAUGCACAGCAGGAACAAGAAGGCCAUGGAGCUGAUAGCAACAGGUUGGAGCGCUCUGAAGGAGGUCGAUCGAGUGAUCGACUACUGCGAGCUCAAUGAUCGCCGCCUCAUUCCUCUCCUCAGGACUGCGAAGGAGAACUUUGAAUUGGCUCUUGAGGCUGACAAUUCAAACACCCAUGCCAGGUAUUGGCUGGCUAAACUGCAUUUGAAGUACCAUGUUCCGGGGAAAUGUUUAGCUGUUGGUGCUGCCUUGCUGGUGGAAGCUGCUAAUAUGGGUGAUCCAGAUGCACAGUACGAAUUAGGUUGUCGUCUAAGAGUCGAGCAUGAUUACUUCUCCUCUGAUCAACAAGCUUUUUAUUAUUUGGAGAAGGCAGUUGACCAGCUGCAUCCAGGUGCUCUUUAUCUUUUAGGAGCUGUUUAUUUGACAGGGGACUGUGUGAAGCAAGAUAUUGCCUCAGCAAUGUGGUGUUUCCAUAGGGCAUCAGAGAAGGGACAUGCUGGUGCAGCCAUAGCAUAUGGGUCUCUCCUUCUUAGAGGUGUUCAAGUUCCAGAAGUUUUGACGAAGUUCUUUCCAACUAGAGGCUCAGCUGCCAGAAAAUCGUGGAAGAGUGAGGACGUUCCGGCGGUGGACCCAGUAGAGAUGGCUAGAAAGCAGUUUGAGAUAGCCGCAAAAGCAGGAUGUGAUCUCGGAUUUAAAUGGUUGAAUAGACUAGAAGAGGAAGAAAAGAGGGUCCUUGCUUCGUAACGAACUAACUGUUGUCCUGCUUCUAAGAUCCUUUUCGUUCAUUGCUGGAGCCUCACCCCUUGAUAGGUAUGAAAUCAAAGGUAAACAUUGAUAAGGAAAGGAAUGGGAGUUCAUAAAAGAGCCUGGUUCUUUUGGGGCAGUAUUUACCGUCGAAUGUCAACAUAAAGCAUAUGUACCUUGGUAUUCAGUACUUCUGUGUAUUCUUGUAUAAAAUAGUGUAAUUUGCUUUCAACCUGUCUCAAAAUUAUACAGACCAUGAUAGCUAUACUGGAAAAAGUUGGGAACAGUUGAGAAUGGUAGGGAAAUUAUACCAAAGGUAAACUAAGAUUUGCCGCUA